GUGACUGUACAUUGUGAGUGAAUUGGGAAUGAGGGAGAGAGAGAGAAAGAGAAAGCGAUAAAAGCUACAGGGGCGGAUCUUCACGCAAACUCCUCCUCAGCUCUUUUUUGUUUCGCUUGCUCCUUUAGAUCUCUGCGAAUGUUGUUCAAAACAAAUUCGAAAGGAACACAAUCCAAUAAAGAAAUGUUUGGUAUUUCGAAUUCAUGUAAUUGAUACAUGUCCUCUCGUUUCUGCAACCAAUCACAAACUCCACUUACACGCUCAGAAAUUUAUAGAUUCUAUUGAAUAUAAAUACCCAAAUAGGGAGUUUCUGAUUCUGGCAUGUGGGCUUAAUGGGUCGCAAGCGAUCAACUCCUUCUUCUUCUUCUUCCUCUCAUGGUGGUGAAGUGGGGAUCUCAGAACUCCAUCAGAGGCAUCAACAGGAUGUAGAAAAUUUGACACUAACAACACAACCCUUAAAAACUUUGAAGUUCUUUGUUUUGGCUAUUUUUCAAUAUGUGAAGCAGUCAAUACUUUAUCUGUUGGCAAAAGGAGGAUGGUUGAUGCUUUUGAGCACUGUGGCAGUUGCUAUUGGAAUUCUUAUUAUGACCAUUGAUGGCCCUCAUGAGAAGCAUGUUGAGGAGCUUUCUAGAUAUAUCAGGUUUGGACUAUGGUGGAUGGCUCUUGGAGUUGCAUCUUCGAUUGGUCUUGGAUCUGGUUUGCAUACCUUUGUCCUUUAUCUUGGCCCCCACAUUGCACUGUUCACAAUAAAAGCAAUGCAGUGUGGCCGAGUGGAUUUAAAAAGUGCUCCAUAUGAUACAACUCAGUUGAAUAGAGGCCCUUCAUGGCUUGAUAAGGAUUGCUCUGAAUUUGGUCCCCCGUUGUUCCAGCCAUUAGAUGGUUUGCGAGUUCCACUUAGCAGCAUAUUGCCACAGGUUCAGAUUGAGGCUGUUCUAUGGGGUGUUGGGACUGCUAUUGGAGAGCUUCCUCCAUACUUUAUCUCAAGGGCAGCAAGUACGUCAGGUAGCAAAUUGGAAGCUAUGAAAGAAUUGGAUGCCUCCUCAACUGAAGACAAAGGAGCCAUUGCUACUCGCCUAAAUCAAAUAAAACGCUGGCUUAUAUCACACUCGCAACACUUGAACUUCUUUACGAUUUUAGUGCUUGCUUCGGUGCCAAAUCCUCUGUUUGACCUUGCUGGCAUUAUGUGUGGACAAUUUGGGAUCCCAUUUUGGAAAUUUUUUUUUGCCACGUUGAUUGGAAAGGCAAUUAUUAAAACGCACAUACAGACGGUUUUCAUCAUCUCAGUUUGCAAUAAUCAGCUUCUUAACUGGAUAGAAAAUGAAUUGAUUUGGAUGCUGAGCCUUAUACCCGGUUUUGCUUCUGUCUUGCCCAACCUUAUUGUCAAACUCAAUGCAGUCAAAGACAAGUAUAUGAAAGCAUCUUUUCCUGUGGCCUCAAAUAUGAAGGUGAAGAAGUGGGAUUUCUCAAUUGCUUCUGUCUGGAAUACUGUUGUGUGGCUCAUGCUCAUGAACUUCUUUGUCAAGUUUGUGACUUCUACUGCCCAAAGUUAUCUGAAGACACAACAGGAAAAGGAAAAUGAAAUAGCUGAAUUGACAAAGAAGUCAUCAUCUACAUCGGCAGAUUCAAAAUGAGUCCAACCAUUAAUGCUUGCUGCCCCUACAAGUAGAAGUAAUGGAAUUUUUAACAAGGCUACCAUUGAUGUGAACCCAAGACUUUCUUCCUCAAAAAGUCCCUUUUAGCUUGUAUAGAAUCAGGAACACAAUGGACAACACCCAACACGAAAACUUGCAGGUUUUAUUUUCCCUGUCUAGUGCUGGGGGAAGCAUUGUUUUGGGAUAGUUUUUAGCCCAAUUGUUAACUAUUAUUGAAAACGGAAAUUGGAAACUGGUUAAUUCUUUUGCAAUGCAAACAGAUUAUAAAUC